AUGUGGAUGCAAUUAAGUUUACGAGGAAAUUACAAGCGGUAUGAUAUAUUGCCUACUCUUAUUUCCAACUAUAAUGAUGCAAAACAUAGAACAAUUGGAAUGAAGCCUAAAGAUGUUACUACAGAAGUCAUUAAAAUUUUAAAAGAAAGGAUCUCUAAACUGAGAAAAAUUCCUUUAAGACAACCAAAGUAUAAAAUUGGUGACAAAGUUCGAGUGAGCAAAUAUAAAAACGUUUUCGAGAAAGGAUACACACCCAAUUGGACAACAGAAAUAUUCACCGUGGAUCAAGUUGUAUCAACUCAACCAGUGACUUACAAGCUCAAUGAUUACCAGGAUCAACCCAUCAGCGGAGGAUUCUAUGAAGAGGAACUUCUUAAAGUAAAAUAUUCAGACAUUUAUCUUGUGGAAAAAAUUCUGAAGGCACGUGGAAACAAAGUUCUUGUUAAAUGGCUUGGCUUUGAUAAUUCUUACAAUACUUGGGAAGAUAAAGCAAAUGUAUAA